AUGGGUGAUAUGCUUUCAAACACGUGGAAGGAGCAGCAAGAAGGCCCAGCUUGUAGGAGGAGGUUGUUCCAAGGCAUGUCACGCAUAAUCCUGUCUCUCGCCCAGAAUGAGGGCACAGAGAGGAUAACACAAAAGGAUGACACAUAUGCGUCUACUGAGCCUUUUGUAUCCGACAUGAUUACCUUCCAUGACGAGCGCCUUCUUAGCAACCCGAACGCAGUAUACGACACUGGAGACUGCCGUACCCAGAUGACCCAGAGGAUACUACUCCGGGUGCUCUCGCAUCAAUAUAUCAACCGUGCUCGCCGUAAUGGGCCGUUUCUGCUGCAGCUUACCGACGUUAAUCCCUCCAACAUCUUUGUCAACAAGGAAUGCAACCUUACUUGUCUUGUCGACCUUGAGUGGAUAUGCGCUCUUCCUGCGGAAAUGCUUGCAGUACCAUACUGGCUUACUGGAAGUCACAUCGACAGGAUAGAAGAUAAUCACUUAAUUAAGUUCAACGAAAUACGACGGGAGUUCAUGGAUAUAUUAGAGGAAGAAGAGCAGGGUCUCAGAGAACACAACAUUUCAAUAUCAGGAGCUAUGAAUGACACGUGGGAUUCGAAAGGAGUUUGGUAUUGGUAUUGUAUAUCGUCGGCAAAUUCUAUGCUUACUCUUCUUGAGGACCACAUCUGCCCUGCAUUUUCAGCGGUACUACAUUCAGACUUCGAGGAGGUUCUGUCAAAGUUUUGGUGUGAGAAUGCAGAGGACGUUUCAACAGAAGGUUGA